CAUAGCCCAGCCCAAUAUCCUCACCGCAUUUCCAUGAAAAUUGCUGCCAAACAUGAACGAAGAAGAAUAAUACAUUACAAGCUUGACCCUUCAUCGAUUGAUUCCUUCAAUCAUUCAUUUUCACACCAAAUUCAAUUUUGUUUUCUCCAUCGUUGUCGGCUAAUAGUAACAAUUUUUAGUUCCUACAAAUAAGAUUCAAAAUUCAUCAACAACAACAACAAAAAGAAAAAAUGGGUAUUCCUUCAGAGCUUAGGGAUGCUUGGGUUUCCAAAAGAAAUUCUUUCAUUAUUGCUUCUCCUGAUGAAGAGAGGAAGAUUUUGAGGACCAAAAAAUGUACUAAUGAAGGUGUGCGUGCUGGAUUCAAGGCAGCUGCCGUUGCAUGCGUUGUCAGUACUGUACCAACAUUGGCUGCUGUUCGCAUGGUUCCUUGGGCAAAGGCAAACCUCAAUUAUACCGCUCAGGCACUUAUCAUAUCUGCUGCAUCGAUUGCAGCAUAUUUCAUCACUGCUGAUAAAACUAUCUUGGAAUGUGCGAGAAAGAAUGCGCAGCUUGAAAAUUCUCUGAGACACCAUCGUGACACAGUUUCAUCUUAGACGCUGCUUUACUCGUUGCCGGUCUUGGUGAAUGAUUGCACUACUUGUAAUAUUCAACCUGUAGGCCUGUAGCUAAACUUUGCUUUCUGGGUCUGUAUAUGGAUUUGAAAGUGUAUAUUCUUAAAUAAAAUAAUAUUUUCUUGUUGUGUAACAGUUAUAUUUGGAAUUGCUACUCCAGUAAUUAGUGGAGUGGCUUUAUAAAGAGGAUUUUGUGGAAUUGAUCUAGCUUGUUUUAUUUACGGUUGAUGUACCAUUUGUUUAAUUUUCUAUCACAUCUCAACUUUGGUGUUCUUGGUGGUUA